UGAGCGGCAGCCGGAGACGCAAAGGCAUACCUCCGGCAGAUAUUACGGAAGCACGUCUCUCUCCGCAGUGACUCUCAAUCCAAACGCACCGCAGCGGUUGCAUACUAGACGACACCAUGGGCUCAACACAAUUUGGCAACUUUCAUGACUUCUGUCGAGAUUCGACUCUUCCUAUCUGCAAUCUCAUCUCGGAUAAACACAGCCAGUCUGGACCAUGGGACGGCUCGGAUAAUUGCCAGUUGAGAGGAAUACCUCUGUCGAACGGAAAGAGGCUUGGGAACCUAGGAUCCAUACUGCUAUGCGCAAUUGCGAUUCUUACUUCUAUGUAUCUGCUCUACAGGUCUGAGCGGAAACGAGCUGCGGUUGGUCGUCGAGAAAUGCAAGUCUUCCUCUUGGGCUACAUUGUUAUAUCGAUAUGUGAGAUCUUUACAGUGGGAGAUUUCCCGCUGAAUUCUACAGUCCGCAUCGCGUUCACAGCCAUUCACAUCGGCUUCAUCAUCGCCACUACCUGGAUACUGAUGCUCAACGCAAUCGUCGGCUACCAACUGCUCGAUGAUGGCACUCUGCUUUCACUGGCUCUGAUAGUUGGUUCUGCAGCGAUUCUGCUUGUCGGAACUGGUUACAUCGCUCUCGAUACUGGACUGCACUGGACAGGCUACUGGGAUAGUAGCUAUGAGCUGCCCAAAAACCGACACAUUGCACUCUACGUGCUUUACCAGCUUGCGCCCCUUGUUUUCUUGGUCGCCUACUUCGUCCUGCAGGCCAUCCUGGUCAUCAAGAUUCUUGGCGAAACGCGCCCGAUGCUCUAUCUGGCCUCUGCUGCGAUCCUCUUCGCGGCAGGCCAAGUCUUCAAUUAUGUCGUCAGCAAAUACAUUUGUGACGGCACAUCUGGAAAGAUAGAUGGCGCGCUUUUUGAAACCCUCUUUACUCUCCUGGCGGUAGUAAUGAACUGGGUCUUCUGGUCCAGCAUUACCGAGGACGAUUGGCCGACGGUUCCGCCUAACCAGUUCCCAUAGAAGGGCCAGUACAGGUUGAAGUCUCGAAAGCCGAGGUCAACGGUAUUCAACGAUGAGUUUCUGGGGAUACUUGAGCGCUUGCAAGUGGGUGUCCCAUAGACAUGGUUCUGCCGGUGCUCAUCCCGAACAGGAGAACCACCUUCCCUUUUCUGCUUCACGACGGCGGCGAGACCUCCUUCUUCGCACAUAUACCCCCCAACAGGAAAAAAAGCAAAACGGCAAAAAUACACUAACGGAUAUGAAGA